GUUCGCAUACUCGUCUAGCCUAGAGAAUCACAUACGCACUCACACCGGCGAAAAGCCAUACCAGUGUGAAGUUUGCGGCAAAGCUUUUCGGCAAUUGAGCAAUCUGGCAGUACAUUCGAGAAUUCACAAUAAGGACCAACAGCACCGGUGUCCUCACUGUUCAUCAAUGUUCGCACAGUUAUCUACUCUUAAGUAUCACAUCCGCAUUCACACUGGUGAAAAGCCAUACCAGUGCAAAGUAUGUGACAAAGCCUUCCGUUCAUCAACCACACUAGUAAAACAUUCGAAAGUUCACAAUAAGGACCAACAGUAUCGGUGUCCUCAUUGUUCCUCAAGAUUCGCACAGUCUUCUAGCCUAAAGAAUCAUAUCCGCACUCACACUGGCGAAAAGCCAUACCAGUGUAAAGUCUGUGACAAAGCCUUUAGCCAAUCAAGCAAUCUGGCAGAACAUUCGAGAAUUCACAAUAAGGACCAACAGCACCGGUGUCCUCACUGUUCAUCAAGGUUCGCACAGUUAUCUAGCCUAAAGAGUCAUAUCCGCAUUCACACUGGCGAAAAGCCAUACCAGUGUAAAGUCUGUGAAACAGCCUUCCGUACAUCCAGCACACUAGUAAAACAUUCGAAAAUUCACAAUAAGGGUAAGAAGGAUAAAUAAGAAGGGUGGAAGGGUGGAAGAAAAAUUAAAACUGAAAUGUAUGAAAUAGCAGUUAUCAAACAUUUACGAACAGCAACGACCUGAACCAGACC